UGGAUGGCAUAGCCAAUGUUGACGUCAAAAGGCAAGUCAUCAAAAUUACACCUUGCAAGUCGGUAUCGGUUUUAACUUUAUACAUAUUUUAUUAUUAAAGUAUCUAUUAAAUAAUGCCUCUUUUCGAUACCGUACUACAAGAAAAGCCAGCAAUAGUACUGGAGAUUGGACACGCUUUUACUAAAUUGGGUUUUGCUGGCGAACCUCAUCCACGAAGUAUCAUUUCAUCGGAAGUGCUGAAUCAUAAAGCAAAAAGCAGUGGCCAAACAAAACCAAACAAGAAACUUUUCGACUAUGCUAACGAGGCAGAUCUGUACGAUCAGCUGGUGGAGUUUCUCAAAACUAUUUUCUUCAAAUAUGUCCUUGUCAGUCCAAAAGAUCGGAAGAUUGUUAUCGUUGAAUCGGUUCUGUGUCCCACGCAGAUUCGAGAAAACCUAGCUAGGGCAUUAUUCUGCCAUUUUGACGUUUCUUCGAUAUUUUUUGUUCCGAUUCAUCUGGUGGUUUUGGCUACUUUAGCAGUGGACACUGCACUGGUAGUUGAUAUUGGUUACAAGGAAGCUGUUGUGGUCCCUGUGUAUAGUGGAGUUCAAGCCUUGUUUGCAUGGGAGGCGCAACCACUGGCGGCAGAAGCAGUGCAUGAACACAUCAAAGGCGAACUAAUAUUAAACGGAGUUGAUGAACAGUUACUCACUGACUACAUUAUCGAAGAUAUCAAGGUUCGAACCUGUUUUGUAACUACUAUGGAGAGAGCAAGCAAAUGGCGAAAAGAGGAAAAAUUUCAAACUUGUCCAGAUGUUGACUAUCCCAUUAAAGGAGAUGAAAUUAUUAAAGUUCCUGGUAUUAUUCGAGAAACAGCUUUUGAAGUACUUUUCCCGGAUAAUAAUGACCAUCUCAAUUUGGCGAACAUCAUUUUAAAUUCUAUUUUAAAAUGCCCUAAAGAUAUGCGUAAAGCUUUGGCGGAGAAUAUUGUUCUAAUAGGUGGCACAACAAUGGUGCUUGGCUUAGCUGCCAGGCUAAAAGAUGAAUUGCUAGCACUUUUGCGAAGCAGUCAGUACGAGAAUAAGUUGUUUGUUAAGAACUUCAAAUUCCACAAACCCCCGUCUAAGGCCAAUUUUACUGGCUGGCUGGGCGGCUCUAUCUAUGGAGCAACAGAUCUGGUGCUGUCGAAAUCUAUUGCGCGCGAAGCAUACAGCAAAAGCCAGCAGUUACCGGAUUUCACCAAUUUCGACGAAACCCGAUCUCAUGGAAGAGUCUAGCAGCGAAAGGUGCGUUAUACAUUUUAGAUCAUAUAAUGUAUAACGUAACACGUUCAAAUUUUUCUGUGUACUACAUCUCUAAUAUAUAUAAUUAAAAACUAAAAACACCUUAAAUAAUAUUCAAAAUGAGUAUCGUAAUUAUUACCGAAAAGUAUGAAACGCUUCAAAAUCUUGCUAACAACAUAAAAUAAAACUCAAGUUGU